GCUUCUGGAUGAGCAAAGUUCAAGACUGAGGCAAUAGAAAUAAACAGAAGAGCUGAGCUGAUACUCCACAUUACUGUAACCUGAUCUGGAAUAACCACAAAAUGUGGUUCCUGAGUGUGUGAUUACUUAAAUUAGACUUACCUCCAUGCAUUUUUGUAAAAGCUGUGACCUGUGACUUCUUUUAAGUCAAAGGUAGUACGAUGUUAUCCUUUAUCACGUCGCUUCUUCCGACUUCCUACUUCCUACCGGGGUGGUUGACUCUAGAUAUAAAUCCACUGGAUGGUUUACUUCAAGGACUGAUAGGUGCAUGUGGGAUCUCUGUGCUAUGCUCCUUGAUGAGAGUGCACUUAUUUUUAGAGGAGAGCUGGAGUGAUAGAAAUGAUAAAGAUACGUCAAACCAUAGGACACCCAGUCAUCAAAGGAGAACUAACACUGGACUUACUGGGAUGCUCCAGUUUUUCUUUGUGACUGGGAUGCUGGCUGUAGUGGGCUCCCGUGUUGCCUCCCUGGUGGUACUAGAGUUUUGUCUUCGAGCAGUCUCUGGAUGGGUUACAGCUGGACCAGAGUCCAGGAAAUUUCUGCAGCAGCUGUUAGUUCAAAGCCAGUUCUCUCUGGGCUGUGCCCUAACCUGCAGUUUGCACUUUCUGCACGAGGGGGCGUCCCAGCGCUGGCUAUGCCUGCUCCUGGCAGCUGCACUCAGCUGGUUACUGGCUAGGCAGGCCACACUCCUGCUGCACCAUGUCAUGGCUCUGUAUAAACUCCACAGCUCACAGCGCUACUGCGGCAUUUGCAUCAGCCUCCUCACAUCAGGCCGCUGCCUGCUUCCCACGCUGUGCAGGACUAUGAUCAUUACUUUCUCUGUGGCUGUGGUGGCCGCCAUUUCAAUCAUCAAUCAACACUUCCUCUCUGCAGCAGAGGCCCUCAGGUUUUGGACACCACUGACUAUCUGCUACACACUGUUGGUCGUGUACAUGCAGGAGGAGCAGCACCGUCUGCCCAGCAGCCAGGCUGUCCUGAACACAGUGGUGGUGCGUCUUGGUGGUUUGAUGGUCCUGAUGCUGACUGUUGGACGCUGGACCGACGUGCUCCACAUCCUAAUGUGUUUCCUGGGUGAGGCCAGUUGUCUAAUCCCCACUAUGGAUCUGCUGGAUGUGACAUCCUCACAGGAUGAAGAGGAUUGUGCAGACUACGUAAAAAGAGAGCGUUGACGAAGACCACGGGCACAAGAAAAGGAGCAUCAGAGAUAGCCACUCAGAGAUUAUUAGUUUAAGUCCUAUUAGGGCUACAACAAUGAAUGCUUUUGUAUUUACAAUGUAAUAUUUUUUCAUUAAAAAGUCCAAGGAACAUAUUAUGGUGAUUUGGGAAUUCCACUUCUAAAAAAAUUUUUUACAGCUAUUUAACCACAUUUUACAGAAAAGGGUUAUCCAACAACCAUUGCUUCUAUGUGGAAUAGUAAUAUGACCCACAGUAUAAUCUGCUUCACAUAACUUUCUUCCAGAGGUCUUGUGAUUUAUCAUUAUGUUUCUUUCUGAACACUGUCAGGAAUGGAUCUUCUUGUCUGUUACUCUCUUAUAAAUCUCAUUUUCUUUGUGAUUUUCAGUUCAUUAACACUAACUCAGGUAACAAACUUGCAGUUCUGGAUGUUAUUAAAGGAGUCUGUGUGACCUCUUGAAUGAAGUAAUGCUGUAAUCUUUUUUUAUUGGCAUGCCAGUUAUUCCUGGGGAGAGUCACAUUGUUCCAAAUUGUCUUUGUGGGGCCCCAGAGCCUAGGGGCGUUGUAACCCUUUCCACGGCCUACUGAUAGAUGAGGGUCAAAAUAAGUGACGUUUAUAAUGUGUAUGUUAUGUUGCUAUUAUCAAGCCUAGCAGUGAGGAAGCAGCUGAUUCUAAUUAGCCCACUAAUGUAUGUGAUUUAAGGAGGAAGCAAAAACUCAUAGCUCAAGAAUUUAUUUCAUUUCCUUUCAUUUUUAACAAUGGAACAUAUUCUCUUUACCUUUAAAUACCAUGAACAGUAAAACAACAAAAAUGCAUGUAAAAACAUAAUGUUAAACAUGAUACAUUAUGAAUUUCAAAUGGGGUACAUUUCAUGUGACUAUCACGCAUAGCUCACAUCGAGGUUUUACCAAAAAACAAAUUCGUAUUAGGUAGUAGGCCAUAAAAUAACACAUAAAAUUAAUUGAAUGCAGAAAACAAAACACAUUUAUCAAAAUUGACACAGCUCGCAAUUUUCAGCUGUUAUGCAGCAACAGAGCUGCAAACGUGAAUAACAAUUGCAGACAUUAACCCCAUCCCAGCUUAGGCAGUGGGUAUGUUUAUUGAUUUGUAUUAUUUUGUCGGUUAGCGCAUUAUCCACACAAUGUAUGGGCCUAAAGAUAUCAUUUCGUUUCCGUCGUGUCUCUCCAGAGACUGUCUGCUUGAAAAGAAAAGGCAAAAUGGCUGACGACAACGUUAGCGCUGUAAAGUCACACAAAAUGGCGUUAGACAAAGGAAAGGCUCGGUCACUUGGAUUUACUCGGACCUCGUCGUCUAAAUUCUUGCGGACAAAGACGGAAUUUAAAGAAGGUCAACAACUCGCAUUACUGGACAUUGUUUGAGUAGGCAUACUGACACCAAAUGCGCUUCAUAACACCCGAGAGACUUUUAUGAGAGAUUUGUCACUCUGUUACCGCCUUAAAUUCGAGUAUUUGGUACAUUGUCUCUAUAACGUUGCCUAACGUUAAAUCCUGACUUCUGGUGACAAUUUAGAAGUUCUCUGACACACACAACCAAAUUAAAUCCACAUUUUGACGCCGGUAUUAUGCCCAUUAGGUGUGUCUUUAUUGAGAGCUGUGGACUGACAGAAACAUAUUCCAUGAAAGGGUUUUUGUUAUCAGUCCCGUCAUUCAUUCCAUGAUAAAAAAAAGCGUGUGAAAUUACAGUGGGCACUUUAGCCUGACGGUCCAGUUCCCAAGAUAAUCCAGGUCUGAGAAUCACUGAA